AUGCUCCACCGCUUCAGCUUCUUCAUUUCCCUCCUGACUUACCUGCUUCAGUCAGACCCCUCUCUGGCUUACUCGCUGAAGAACUGCACUGUUGAAUAUACUAAAUAUGUCGGAGAAGUUCCGGUGGUAUGCUCAGAUCGCGACCUCACUUCUGUCCCUGUUGACAUCCCUAAAAAUGCAACCUCCCUUGAUUUGAACAGCAACAGCAUUUUGACAAUCAACAGGACUGAACUGAGCAGAUUAUGGAAGCUUAGAAAUUUACAGAUCGAAUCCAACUCUCUCUCGCACAUUGUGGAUCGAGCUUUUGAGGACUUGGUGCAGUUGACACAACUUCUUUUGGGCUCCAAUCAUCUGACAACCCUGGCAGAUGGCAUGUUCCAGGGACUGUCCAAAUUAGAAGAUCUGUCUGUAGAAAAAAACCAAAUCACAUGCAUCAGCCCCCUGGCUUUCCAGCCUCUCGCCAGCUUAAAGAAAGUGGAUCUGUGCUACAAUGAGCUUCAUGAGUUUACUCAAAUUAUGCCUAUUUUUCAACUACCAAAGAUAGAGGAAGUUGUGGCAGGAAUGAACAGGUUCACAUCAUUCGAGUUUGAGGACACAUCUUUUAAUGCCUCCAACCUCAAAAUGCUUUGGUUUAACGCAAAUCCACUGAGAAAGUUCAGCAUCACCAGAGACAUCUUCCCUAAUCUUGAGUCUCUCGAUCUGUCCAAGUGCCUCCCUGGUUUUGAGUGGAAAGUGACCGACAAGGUCUUUUUAAGGAGCCUCAAAAAAUUGUAUUUAAGUGGGACUGAAGUAAGCUUCGAGACCCACAGAGCAAUUUUCCAGAGUGCUUUUGCCGUGGAGUACCUCUGGCUUUCUUACGUGACAGAUUGGUUAAGCCAAGGCCUGCUAAAAGUGGCCUGCCAGAUGCCUGCUUUAAAAGAUCUUGAUCUGACAUUUAACGACAUCCACGUUUUGAACGACACACUUCUACAGCCUUGCUCCAUGAUCACAGAUUUAGCCCUAACUGGUAAUGUCAUGACUGAUUUGUCUGAUCGUUCACUCAGGUCGUUGAAUCGUCUGGAGACAUUGAGUUUAGACCACAACUUUCUACCCCAAGUGCCAUCUGCUGUCAGAGGCCUCUCCACUCUGGUAGUCCUGGAUCUGAGCUCCAAUGAUAUCGGAGAGUUACAUUGUUUGGACUUUCAGAAUCUGACAGGAUUAGUACAUCUAUAUCUUGAUGAUAAUCGCAUCUCAAUACUAAGAGGAUGUGCUUUUCAAGAUUUGAAGACGUUAACAAAACUCAAUAUCCAAUCAAAUCAAGUCUUUGCUUUGCACGACACUUUUCAAGUAAGUUUGCCGAACCUUCGCUUCCUAAACAUGAGAAUGAAUAAAUUUGUGAACGUAGAUAAAUAUGUCUUUAAAGGUAUCCCCCACCUCUACUCUUUAGAUUUGCAAACAGAUAGGAUCUGCCUUGUGGAAAACAACUCUUUUGUAGGCCUUUCUCAUCUAAAAACUCUGGUCCUCUCAGCUCACACACUUGACAAAGACAUAUUCAGAGGAAUGCCAAACUUAGCAAGCCUGACACUGUUUCUUCCAGCUGGGAACGCUCUGAGUCAGCAAGCAAACAAAGACCCCCCUUUCCUCUAUGUGCCACUUUUGGAGACACUUACGAUCCAUGAUAGCAAUAGAUGGACCAUGGUUAUCCCCAGAAACCUUCUCAAGGGUCUCUGGCACUUACAGCAAUUUGCAGCUGUGAAGUUUUUCACCGGGACACCACACACAGACUUGUUUUCAGACACUCCUAACCUGACAAGACUUCAGAUUACAAGCAGCCACAUCUGGGAUCCAAAACCAGAACUGUUGAAGCCGUUGGCAAAACUGGAGACUCUAGAUCUGUCCAAGAACAAGCUCAGGUCUCUGGAUUUUCUGGCCCGGGCCAACCUGUCUGCACUCCGCUGGCUGAACUUAGGAGACAAUGAGCUGACUGUGAUCAACGAGACAGUCUUCCAGUCCCUCCCUGCACUAACAUAUCUGGACCUUUAUGGAAACCCUUUCACCUGCAGCUGCCUGAACCAGGGCUUCAUCCAGUGGGUCAAGAACAACAGCCGCACUCAGGUGGUUAAUGCCUACCACUAUGACUGUUACUUUCCUCCGGGUCAACAGGGAAACAGACUGCUGGACUUUGAUUUCCAGUCCUGUAAGAUGGACUUGGACUUUCUGUGCUUUAUUUCCAGCUCCUCUCUGGUCAUGCUCACCAUCCUCAUGUCUUUUAUCUACCACUUUCUGAGGUGGCAAAUCAUCUAUGCAUUUUGCCUCUUCUUGGCCUUCCUUUAUGACAGCAGGAAGAGGAAGAAGGAAACUCCUCACCGCUAUGAUGCCUUUAUCUCCUACAACGUUGACGAUGAGGCCUGGGUUUUCAGAGAGAUGCUCCCAGUGCUGGAGGGAGAGCAGGGCUGGAGGCUCUGUCUGCACCACAGAGACUUUCAACCAGGUAAACUCUUUGUUUUUCUGUGUUCUUCCACUUCUGUAUGUCUAUAUGCCUCUUAUUUUCCUCUCACACUGCUGAAGUCUGACUCAGAUUUACUCUAAGCAUGUGGAUGAGAGGAGACAGGUGUGUUGGAAAAUUUUAUUGACACUUGCCAUGUCAUGCUGCAGCUUUUUGGUGAGUUAGGCUGUAAAUUGGUUUGUUUCUCUGCUACAUCUCCUCUGAAUAGCCCCCCCGCCUCCCGUCCUGCGCUCGCCCCCCGGUUGAGAACCACUGCUCUAAGGUAUCAGUCAGAGCCGUUUUACUCAUCGGCCAAUGCUGCUUGUGGUUUUCCAAAGUUUCACCACUCAGCUCUUCAGUUCUUGGGGAACUACAUUUUAUGCAAUCACAGUGGAGUACGGCGUGCUUUCAUAGUUUAGACACUGAGGUAACCUGUCACUUAUAUUUGCAGGAACUCCUGUUUGUCUGCUGCUACAAAACUCCCAUGAUUUAUCUCCACUUUGUCCUCCUGUCUCAGUCACCAGAGUGGAGGCACGGUACAAAGGGCUUUGGGAGUGGGCCAACGGAAAACAACUGUUUGGGUGUAGUGCUCAUGGGAGUUGCUUCACAUUGCAAAUAGUUGCAGACUAAAAUCUAAGAGAAGACCAAAAUCAAAAUCCAAAGUUAGGACUAACCUUAUAUUCAGUUUUUUUCAAUGGGGCCUGAGGGUUAACUGCGGCACCCACCAUUUCCAUCCUGUUUUCCCCUACUCUAGUUGUUGAGUCUUUAUAUUUCUUUUACUUCUCCUUCUUCCUUUGAUUAAGACCUUCAAAAAAGGAACUCUGAAAUUGGGUCUUUUUUUAAAAGAGGUGUUGCUGCUACAAGAGUUUUACUUCCCUAAUUUGUUGGCCUGUGGUGUGUUUGUGCUCACUUGUGCGCAGUUCAGAUAGUUCAGAGGGUUCAGAUGAUGUCUGAUUGUUGUAUAACCGCCCCAAUAAAGUGUGAAAAACAAAAAUGAGUCUCUUUACAAACUCUGCAGCAGAGAGACAAGCUGUCAUAGAGACUCGGGUAUGUUUCUAGUCAGAAGUUUUAACACAAAUGCAACCUCUACAUCAUGCACUGUUGAGAAAUUUCCAUAUUUCUAUUGCAUCCAUUUUUUGGAGCUAAACAUGAACCUGAAUUGUUGUGUCUGCAGGAAAGGCCAUAAUUGAGAACAUCAUGGACGCCAUCUACAGCAGCAGGAAGACGAUCUGUGUGAUCAGUCGGAGCUACCUGGAGAGUGAGUGGUGCUCCAAAGAGUUCCAGAUGGCCAGGUGAGAGUGCUGCCUGUCAUGAUAAUAAUAAUGAGAAUGAUAAAAGCAAUUAUGACUUUUGGUAAAGUUAAAGAGGAUGUGUUUUAAAUCAACUCCUGGUCUCUUUAAGCAACAACAGCAUUUCAGAAAAACUCACCUCUGGUUACAAUGCCAACCGCAGAGACUUCAAGUUGUAAACGUCAGAAUGAAAAUAAUGUUACUGUACUUUUUUAGACCUCAGCUCCGCAUUUGACUCUGUUGACCAUGAAAUUUAAAUAAACAGACUUGAGGAAUAAGCAGGUCUGUGGGACCCUGUUUUAGCCUGGUUCAGUUCUUAUCUUUUUAACACAUAGAUUUUUAUUUGCCUUGGUGCCUGAGUGUCAGACAUACCUGACUUUAAUAUAUCUGCGUAUAUGACAGAGCAUCAUGAAUGAAAUGCAAAACUUAUCAAGCAUCCUGGAGCCAGACUUUUACAUGCUGAAAAUGAUGAGAUGAGUUUAUUUUUUGUUUUCAGAAAUUUGCUACCAUCUAGUGUUUGAUAUAUUAGAGACAGAUUUGAGACAUUUUGAGUGCUUGGUUUUACCCACAGAUACAGCUGAGUGCAAUAAAAGGAAGUAUUAUGGGCCAAGCAGCAGCACGUAGAUAUUAAACAAAAUUGGUCCAAGUAUUGACCCUUGAGGAAUUCCUCAUUUUAAUGCACAUACUCAUGUUUAAGAGGAUCUAUGUUAUUAGAAAACAAAGGUUUUUCGUAUUCUUUUAGUAUUUCUUUCCCAGGUAAAAUUCUGUCCACUUCAAGUCUGCGUCUUUGCCACACUGUAGAAUGAGCAAACAUUAAGUUGAGUCCUCAUCUUCAAAAUGGCGUCAAUAGGCUUCAAAACUCUAUUUGUUGCUUGUUCGACACAGUCCUCAAAUCCAUCUAAACCUCCUUUCAGACUAAUUUGUUUGUCUUAAUCAUCCCCACACUCUGUCCUUUUCCCUCUUGCUUGUUGUUGCAGCUUCCGUCUCUUUGAUGAACAGAAGGACGUGCUAAUCCUGCUCUUUCUAGAAGAGAUCCCGGACCAGCAGCUUUCACCCUAUUACCGCAUGAGGAAGCUUGUGAAGAAACGCACCUACCUGAGCUGGCCGAGAGCUGGGGGACACACAGGGGUCUUCUGGCAGAAUGUCUGCAGAGCUCUGGAGAUGGAGGACACCCCUGCAGAAGACUCAAACCUGCUCACUGCUGGUGCAGCUGUGGAUGUCUGA